UACAGCCCCUGCUCAGUGGGCAUGAGGCUCAGCAAAAAUUUAACCUGUGGCCACAUCCCCUCAUGCAGAGGGACAAGGAGGCAGGAAAAUAUUCCUACUUCCUCCUCUAAUGGCUGCUCUGUUAGCUCGCAAUUCCAAGCAACACCAGAGGUUUGCUGUAGGUGUGUAAAUCCAAACCCAGCUCGGGCCACUGUCCAUACAGACUUUUUUUUCCCCUAAAACUCUUUAAAGAGUUUUUAAAGCACACAUUUUCAGAACUUCUCUAAAUUUGAAUUUAUAAGUUAAAUUACUGAAGAAUGAGGUAAGUUUUGAACUCCAAGCACAGCAGCUCUUCUCACCAUGUCACUGUGAGCUCUCAGUGCACUUUAUUAGGAAUGUCAGUGAAUCCACCCAGGAGCCCAGGCUCCUUUAAUGACCAAGGGGCAGUGGAAAGCUCUUUAGAGGCAGCACAUCCUAUAGGAAAUCAAUAUUUUGGUCUUCACUGAAAACUUUACACUGUUAAAGGAACACAGGAAGUGUAAUUCUGGCAGUGCUUAAGCAAGGCAAAGUUGAGUUUACUGCAUAAAUGAGUACUUACAUGAUGAAGAACAGAUAUUCCAUGCUGGCCUUUCCAUGCUAUUUUCCUUGCUUCAACUCUGCAUAAAAAGUGAAUGAAAUAAUCUCAUUAAAAGCCCAUCUUUGUGCACAAACAGGACAGCCCCACAUACACACCAGAGCAAAUGCUCCAAUUCAUGCCCAAAGCAAGUUUAUUCUAUCUGUUAAGCUCCUUUUAACCUUCUCUGAAUUAGAGAAUUUACCAUCCAAUUCCCCCACAUGGUUUUGUAUAAAACUCGAGCAAAACAUUUCUAACUAUAACUUGGAAACUCAGGAAAGAAUUUUACCCUGAAUCUGUAAUAGCAGGACACUCAAACAUUUUGUAGUCUCGUUGAGGGUGUUAUGUGACUUCACACAGACAUCUGAUUUUCUUAUGGUCUGAAAACUCUGCCAUGUUCUGGAGUUUUCUGGCUCUGUGUCUAACCUACCCAGCAACUCAUGGGAUGCUUCCCUUCCUUUGCCCCUUCCCCAGGCUGCUGUUUAAAGGCUGGUCCCACAGCAGAGUGGAUGAAGCAGUGCAGCUGGGAGCAGAGCAUGGCCAACACGUUUGUCACCGUCCCUGACGGGUACGGCCUUCCCGAGCCCCUCCAGUACUACGAUGUUUUACCGGAGCACAUCAACUACCAGCUGCAGGACGCGGAUUUCCAGGCUGCCCCGUACUGCCAGUACUCAGCAGUGCCAGUGCCAGUGCCAGUGCCAGCCCUGCAGCCCCAGCCUGGCCCGGCCCCGUACGGCUCCUACAGCCUGGACGCCCCGUACGGCGACGGGCCCUGCGUGGGCAGCAGCUGCGAGCUCAGCAAGGGCCCCUUCCUGCCUGCCCCCGGGGAGGACGGCGGCUACCAGGGCCUCAGGAGGCCCCGGCUGAGCCACCCGGUGAGGCUGAAGGGGCAGGAGGAGCUGUGCGUGGUGUGUGGGGACAAGGCCUCGGGCUACCACUACAACGCGCUGACCUGCGAGGGCUGCAAAGGCUUCUUCCGGCGCAGCAUCACCAAGAACGCGGUGUACCGCUGCAAGAGCGGCGGGCACUGCGAGAUGGACAUGUACAUGAGGAGGAAGUGCCAGGAGUGCCGCCUCAAGAAGUGCAGGGCUGUGGGGAUGCUGGCAGAAUGUUUGCUGACUGAAGUCCAGUGCAAGUCAAAGCGACUCAGGAAGAAUUUCAAGCAGAAGAGCAGUUUCCUUUGCAACAUAAAGCUGGAAGAUGAGGGACUGAAUAGUAAGCAAGUAUCAUCUACAACAAGAUCUGGAAAACAGAUCCCAGAGAAGAUGGAACUCACUCCAGGAGAACAUCAGCUUCUUGACCACAUUGUAGCAGCACACCAGAAAUACACAAUUCCCCUUGAGGAAGCCAAGAAGUUUCUACAGGAAACUGCAAGUCCUGAGGAAAGUUUCCUCCACCUGUCUGAGACAGCUGUUGUCCAUGUCCAGGUGUUGGUGGAUUUCACAAAAAGACUCCCAGGGUUUGAGAGUUUAGCCAGUGAGGACCAGAUUGCUCUGCUGAAAGGGUCCACAGUGGAGGCAAUGUUCCUGAGAUCAGCCCAAAUUUACAACCAAAGAAUGAGCGAGUGCCAGCCAUCAACCAGUGAAAGUCAUGUAAGACUUUCUGAUCACGGGACAUGUUGUCAUGUUCAAAGCCUUGAUAAAAACAAUAUUUAUUCCAUGGAAAUGUGUCAUAAUAAAGAGAGGCCAACUUCUACUACUACCACAGGCAUAACUGAGGAGUUCAUCACCGCCCUGUUCUACUUCUACAGAACCAUGGGGGAACUCAAAGUGACCGAGACCGAAUACGCUCUGCUCGUAGCAACAACAGUGUUCUUUUCAGACCGCCCGCUGCUGAGGGACAAGCGCCACGUGGAGGAGCUGCAGGAGCCGCUGCUGGGGAUCCUGUACAAGCACUCGAAGCUGCAGCACCCGCGGGACCCGCAGCGCUUCGCGCGGCUGCUGGGGCGCCUCACGGAGCUGCGCUCGCUGCGCCACGCCCACGCGGGGGCGCUGCGCGCGCGGGACCCGCGCCUGGCCGCGCCGCUGCGCGACCUCUGGGACCUCCACUAGGCGGCGCCAACGCCG